UUCCCUCAUAUAUAUUACUGGUAUGAAUAUAGCAUCAGCACCACCAUCUCCCAAGUUAUGAUUUCUUCUCUUCUUUUCCUGCUCCAGUGGUUGUGUACUGGAAAAGCUGCAUGCUUCUACUGAGAAAGGAUUCUUCCGAAGUGGAAGAUGGUGGUAGAACUGUGUAAGCUAUAGUUGGUAGAAGAAGAUUUCACGUCUUAAGCAAGAUUUACUGGUUAGUUGAUUAGAGUCACAGAUGAGAGAGAGAGAGAUCGAGAGAGAGAGAGAGAGAGAGAGAGAGGUAACUUGAAAGCUAAGAGAACCUUUUAGAGAAGUGGAGAAGACUGUGAGAAGGGAAACCAAAGCUGGCGAACAGGUGGUGGGAGAGAGUAGAUGUUUCGGCGAUGGCCAGAAACGAAACCUGGAGUGAAAGCGGCGGCGGGAGAGGGUCUUCGCCAUACCUCCACCACCUCCUUUAUCCACCGCCUUCUUCCGCCCACGUGCAACCGGAAGAAUCGAAGGCGCCCCAGGAGACGAAACCCGAGCUUUGCCCUGACAACUGCGGCGGCAACCAACAGGGCGUCUUAGGCCACGUGCGCCGCCCCCGAGGCCGUCCCCCGGGCUCCAAGAACAAGCCGAAGCCCCCUGUCAUCGUGACGAGCGACAGCCCCAACGCGCUCCGCGCCAACGUGAUCGAGGUCGCCCAAGGAGCCGAUGUGAUGGAGUGCGUGACGGAGUACGCACUACGGCGGGGCCGCGGGGUGAGCGUCCUGAGCGGAGGCGGCGCCGUCUCGUACGUCGCCCUCCGCCAGCCUGGUUCGUCGCUUUCCGGCGAAACGGUGGCGGCUCUGAGGGGGCGGUUCGAGAUCCUGUCGCUCACGGGGACCGUGCUUCCGCCGCCGGCCCCGCCUGGCGCAGGAGGCCUGACUGUGUUCUUGGCCGGAGGCCAAGGGCAGGUGCUGGGAGGCACCGUCACGGGGCCGCUGGUGGCCGCAGGGCCGGUGGUGCUGAUGGCAGCGUCCUUCGCUAACGCGGAGUACGAGCGGCUGCCGCUGGAAGUCGGCGACGAGAAAGCAGCAGCAGCAGCAGCGACUGAGCGGGGGCAGCAACAUGCAGUGUCGCAGUCAUCCGGAGUUACCGGAAGCCGCGGCGAAGAAGGCGGCGGAAGUGGCGGCGUGCCAUUCUAUAGCCUGGGAGGGAGCUACCAGUUUGCAGGUGAUGCUUUCGGGGGGGUAAGACCACCUUUCUGA